AGCCAGCGCGUGCGCGCCCGGCCCCUCCCUCCCCGCCGCCCUCCUCGGCUCCCGCGCGGCGGCGGCGGUUCCUCUCCCCCUCCCCCAGCCCUGGCUCCGGGGGACCCCGCGAUGCCGGUCCGCACUGAGUGUCCCCCACCGGCCGGUGCCUCGGUCGCCUCCGCGGCCUCGCUCAUCCCUCCGCCGCCCAUCAACACGCAGCAGCCCGGCGUGGCCACCAGCCUGCUCUACAGCGGCUCCAAGUUCCGCGGCCACCAGAAGAGCAAGGGGAACUCGUACGACGUAGAGGUGGUGCUGCAGCAUGUGGACACGGGGAACUCUUACCUUUGUGGGUACCUGAAGAUUAAAGGCCUUACUGAGAAAGUGCAAUCUACUGCGUUCCCAUCUUCCUUGUCUGCUGGAGAUUCAGAACUUACCUGUGAGAAUCGUCCAGAUUCCUUUUUGAGCAAUCAACACCGAAGUGAAGUCACAGAAGGGCUCUCUGCUCUGGCAAAGCCCGAAGCCCAGGGCUCCCCGUCUCGGCCCCUCCAUUCCAGUGUCCACAGCAUCGACAGACCGCUGGCCGAACUCUGCUUAUUGUUGGAGUAUCCAACCCUUACGACCUUCUUUGAAGGAGAAAUAAUCAGCCAAAAACACCCUUUCUUAACUCGAAAGUGGGAUGCGGAUGAAGAUGUUGAUCGGAAACAUUGGGGCAAGUUUCUGGCUUUUUAUCAGUAUGCAAAAUCAUUUAAUUCAGAUGACUUUGAUUAUGAAGAGCUGAAGAAUGGGGAUUAUGUCUUCAUGCGGUGGAAGGAACAGUUCCUGGUCCCAGACCACACAAUCAAAGACAUCAGCGGUGCUUCCUUUGCCGGGUUCUACUACAUCUGCUUCCAGAAGUCGGCAGCCUCCAUAGAGGGCUACUAUUACCAUAGGAGCUCAGAAUGGUAUCAGUCGCUCAACCUAACGCACGUUCCUGAACACAGCGCACCCAUCUAUGAAUUCCGGUGACAGUGGUUCAGAACAGCAACCAAAUAAAACUGAACUUGGCAAAAAAGAACUUUGCCAAGAAAAUUGUGUGCUUGCUGGAACCAGGAGAACAUGUGCCCGUUUCUUCAUGGGCGAUACGUCAGACCGCAUGGAUGUCAGCCCACGGGGCAGGCCGGCCGCGGCAGGGGGUUGGCUCCAUUCUCCUCCCUCUCUGUGGCAGUUUGCUCCUAACCUGUUCUUAAGCUACCUUAUAUGCACUUUCCUUCCUGCACAGCUAACUUCUGUGUCACUGAAAUGCCCAUCUUCUCUCCAUCCCUGCCUCCAGCCGAGUAGAAGGUCAGCCCGGUCACCCUCAGCCUUGGUGCUCAGUGGUCCUCACCAAGACCCCGCCCCCAGUGGCUCAUUCUGGGUGCUCAAGAGCCCAGCACGAGGUGCUGCCUGAGCUCCGAGCAGGGAGGGGGCAGCUGCAGCGGCGUCCGCCAGAGAAACGCGCCUGAGUCCCCUGGCGCUGCCCAGCGCGUGAGGGCCGCACCAAGCUGGUCGUGGCUGGCAGGCACUCUGGGCCUGCAUCAGGGGUCACUCAGUGUAAGGCUUCCAGGUCCGUGGCAGGAACAGAGGCCAGUCCUGCUUACUCAGCACAUUUGCUCCAAACUUUUGAACUUGAGGGCAAUACUAAACUUUUUUAAAAAGUUUUUUUUAUUGCAAAAUUAUUUUUAUGAUCCCUUUAACAAGGACCUUAUGGUAAAGGCACAAUUAUCCAGAAUUACAUUUUAUUGUUUUCACAUUGAAAACAGCAAAUGUUGACUUAGUAAUUUUUAUACCUAUAUCUAUAUGUAAAUGUAUAUUUAAUCAACCAGCAGUUUGAAACUGGUUGUCCUGGUACAAAAGUUUUGCAGCAUUGCGUAAAGUAAAAUGCUAAAUGUGAGGACUGUUUGGGGGGCCAGUUUAGCAUUUGUAGCUCCUCCUUUUGCUACUCGGAACAGCAGUGCUUCAUGGUGAUCUCUCUCAUCCACAGAAGGGCCUCAUUCUCCUAACAGCGACUGAAAUGUUGGGACGGGGAGGGGCAGGGACAUGAACAUGCUCAAGUAACUCGAGGCUCACGUGCCAAACAUGCUCCGAAGCAUCACCUGCGUUUUGCAAGCUCCUUGAAGGAUACACGCCUCACGCAGGGCACUGGGAGGUGAGGCCACCCUGCAUCUGUCAGGGCCUCCGCGUGGCUCUGAGAGGUCCGUGGGUUGGUGGGUGGGUUGCAUAGCCAGGGAAGGACAUUUGCAAACAUCGAUGGUGCUCAGCUAGCCAGAUGGGUUCUAUGUAGGAUUUCUUUCUUCCUUUUUUAGCCACGUAAUGAAGUGCACCAGUUGUAUUGGGGAAAAUGAAGAAGUGAUACCUUUGUUAGAUCUUUCGGACACAACUGUGAUGAAGAUUUGUCCGCGUAAAACCUGCCCAUUGAGGACAAGGAAGGGAUUGUUUUCUGCCUCCUCUCAGUAACCCCUGUGCCAUCCACAUGGACUCCUUUUCUCUUGCUCAUUCCCGAAGGCACUUUGGGGCUCACCUCCAUCUGCAGGUACUCUUUCUGGAGCCUUCUCAGUGGUUUCGUGCCUCUGGUAUGAUGUGCACUAUUUUUGUUGACACUUGUAUUCGUCAUUGGGGAGUGAGUGCAGAUUUCCUACAUCUUCCUCUGCCCCAAGCAAGCCUGCCGAGAGGCGUUCAUUGCACUGCUCAGAAAGCUUCCCUCGGGUGGUCCCGGCCUGUCGCUCUGUUGUGCUGGAAUUAUCCUCCCUCCCACCCUCCCACCCUCCCCAGCUCCUCGGCGGCAGCCCAGAAGUACCCCGCGCUGCGGCCGGAGCAGAUGUCCGUCGGCGCGGUUCUGUUGGUAGUGUGGAAUUACAAACUCCAGGGGCUUCCAAUGUCAUCUGCUUUCAGAAACAGGGAAUGUCUAGUCUCUUUAAGGCCUUGAAUUGAUUUUUUCCUCAUAAAAUAGUCUGAUAAGCUAAUUUUUAAAAAGAAAUGCCAUUAAGUAUGUUGCAUUGUGGUUUAAAAUAACUAAUGAGUUCUGAAAAAGAAAAAUAAUAUUUCAUUUUGAGUUAUAUGUUUUUAAAAAUUAGAUGUGAAUGGGUGCAAAGUACGAAUAUUUUGUCUUUUUAGGGAGGAUGUGUGGAAAAGGUUUGAGGGUUUGGGAUGGGAGAAGUAUUUUGCAGAGCUAUCAAUGUCCAAAUAAUUUUUUUUAAAUAAUAAAGGUAUUUAAGCAGUGA